AUGUUCAGGGUGACGGGGGAGUGCGGGGCCGCCAGGGCCGCGGUGCUGUCCACGAGCCGCGGCAGCCUGCCCACGCCGUGCAUGCUGCUCACGGCGCGUUCCGGGGACCUGCACUCGCUGACCCCGGAUGCAGUCGGGAGGAUGGCUCACCCGCCGGGCGUCAUGAUGGACCCCAUGGACUUCCUUGACCAGCCGAAACCGGAGGGUCUGCUCGAGUAUAACAAGGGCAUCGGGACAUUCCUGGGGCUGCAGAACUGCUGCCUCAUUGCCAUACCCAGAGACCCUGUGGCCUAUGCAUAUGGCACAAAGCCCAACACCAAGAACUCCGUGUAUGUGAUGACACACAAUGGUGCCAGAAUGGUCACACCGGAGCAGUACACCAAUGUCAUCCAGGCGAUGAAACCAGACUAUUACUCAUCCCUGCCAGAUGAGUCACGAAUAACACCUGAAUACUGGCACCACAUCUCCCUCAGGUGUAUCUCCCUCCAUAAGGACCGUGGCCUGGAGUGCAGCCUGUUUGCACCAAUAACUGGUGGGAUGUACAGAGACCAGAGAAGCAGGUCAGCCAUGGAGAGCAUCAAGCGUGACGUUGCAGGAUUCAGCCUGUGUGGUUUCGCAACGGGCGAAACCCCCGAGGAGCGGCCAGCUCUGUUGGAGUCUGCACUGCAGCACCUGCCACCUGAAAAGCCAAGAUUGGCUGUGGGACUGGGGAGCCCAGACGACGUCCUGGAGGCUGUCGAUAGUGGGGUGGACGUCUUCGACAGUGGCUUUGUUCACGAAGUGUCCGCUGGUGGGUACGCCCUGUCCUUCGCACACUGCCUCCAGAGCGAUGCCAAGAUCGACCCAGACAGUGGUGCAGACGACUUGAAGAUCAACAUGUGGGCACAGGAACACAGGGAUCAGCGGCCGCCAGUGGAGGGAUGCAGCUGCUAUUGUUGCAAGAACCACUCACGCGCUUACAUCCACCACCUCCUCCAAGUCCACGAGAUGCUUGCAGAGAUCCUUCUGCACAUGCACAACGUCCACCACAUGGGGCAAUUCUUCGACGCCAUAAGGAGCUCCAUACAGGAAGGCAAAUUCGCAGACUUGAAGUCCAAGUUCAGUGAGAGGAGGAGACAGGCCAUGGCGUGCGAUAGGGGGAACGUGUAG